AUGCGCUCUUUCAUCACUGCUCUUUUCAUGGCCGGUGCCGUCACGGCCCAAAUUACCAGUGAGUACCUCGACUGCGCUACUGCGGCCCUCGACGGAAUCGACGUCACAAAAUUCAACGAUUGCACCAACAUGACCAGCGCGGAAUGCCUGUGCGCCAACAAAGAUGCGAUCUCGGAGUUGACACAAUCUGCCAAAGACGCCUGCACAAAGGUCGGAAUCAGCGUGGAUGACCUCGAUGCCUCCCUGUGCGCUGCUAGCAGUGACAAGGUCGCUGCUCCCGCUCGCCAUGCCAGCAAGCCCAUGCAGCCCGCUGGGGACCUGCACAUGCGCGCCUACUCACCGAGCGAGGACGUCGAUGCCACCCGGCCCCAAGUGAUGACUGUCACUGUUACUGAGUCCUGCGCUUGCAAGGCUACCCCCACCAGCUCUAUGCACGUCUCUCAGAUCCCCGUCUAUGUGCCCGUUAGCAGUAGCAUGGGAGGUAUGGCUGCGGCCUCUUCCCCUGCCUGGUCUCAAGGUGUUGUUGUGGUCGGCGCCUCGUCUACCUCUGCCAUUUACAACUCCUGGAUGGCUACUCCUACCCCUAGCGGUGCUAGUGCCAACCACUUCAAGACUUUCCAGGGCGCUGCCCCCCAGGUCAACGCUGCCCACGGUGGUGUUGCUGCCGUAGGUAUCGCCGCUGUUAUGGGUCUGAUGAUUGCUCUGUAA